AAAGAAUGUCAUAAUUGUACAAUACUACUAGAGAAAAUGAAACUGUUCUUGAUUUUAGCUGUUAGCUGUUUAGCGGUAUCCGCUUCCAUUUUCGAUGAGGAUGACACACGCAUCCAUGGUGAAAAUGGCUGGUAUGUACCACGUGAAGAUGGUUCCUUCGAUUGGGUGGACAGAGAAGUAGCUGAGUCCUAUCUUGAAGCGAUGGAAAAUAUUGAAUCUUUUGGCUUGACCACCACACCCGUUACAUACCAUUUAUAUACUCAAUCUAACCCCAAAAAAGGACAAAAAAUCACUGCCGAUGGCAAAUCAAUUGCUAAAUCCUACUUCAACCCUGCCCAUCCCACCAGAUUUGUCAUACACGGCUGGACUCAAAGCUAUACUGCCGACAUGAACAAGGAAAUUCGCGAUGCCUGGUUAAGCAUUGGAGAAUACAAUAUUAUUGUCGUAGAUUGGGCUCGUGCUCGUUCCGUUGAUUAUGCCACCUCUGUUUUGGCCGUACCAACUGUUGGCAAAAAGGUAGCCAACAUGAUUGAUUAUUUGGUGAAAAUCCAUGGUAUGUCUUUGGACACUUUGUAUGUUAUCGGCCACAGUUUGGGUGCUCAUGUUGCUGGUUAUGCUGGCAAAAAUGUUAAAAGUGGUCAAAUCCAUACAAUUAUCGGUUUGGAUCCUGCCUUGCCUUUGUUCCACUACGAUAAGCCGGCAAAACGUUUGUCCAGUACAGAUGCUUUCUAUGUAGAAUCCAUUCAAACCAAUGGUGGUGAAUUGGGUUUCUUGAAACCCAUUGGCAAAGGUGCUUUCUAUCCUAAUGGUGGCAAGUCUCAACCUGGUUGUCCUUUGGAUGUUGCUGGUGCUUGUUCUCAUGGUCGUUCUUGCACAUACUAUGCUGAAGCUGUUGCUCAAGAUAAUUUCGCCACCGUAAAGUGUCAAAAUUAUAUGGAUGCUGUUGGCGAUCGUUGUGGUGCUACUUACAGCUCUGUACGCAUGGGUGCUGAUAAAAAUUCCUAUAUGGUUGCUGGUGAAUACUAUGUACCAGUUAACAAGAAAGCUCCUUUUGGUAUGUUGGCUUAGUUUGGCAAGUAAUUUUGGAAAA